AUGGUGACACAAAAAAAUGAGCAGUUACAUAUGUCCAUCGAAAUUCAAACCCUUCAACAUGAGGCUGAAACCAGGGAGAGACAGCUAAGGCGAUCCAACCAAGAGUUGCAAUCCAGUGAGGAGAAUACUGCUGCCCUCCAACAAUCCAUCGAUCAACGAGACAGAGAAGUGACUCAACUGAGACAAACUUUGGCUAGUAAGAACGAGGAAAUUGAGGAUCUAUCGACUCGAAUGCAUCAAUUGGCGCUGCAAGACGGGAGACAACUAAGGAGACUCAACCAAGAGUUGCAAUCUAGUCAAGAGAACACUGCUGCCCUCCAACAAGCCAUCGAUCAACGAGACAGAGAAGUGACUGAACUGAGACCAACGCUGGCAAGCAAACAUGAAGAAAUUGAUGAUAUAUCGACUCGAACACACCAAUUUGCACUGCAAGACGGGAGACAAGCUCAAGCUACACCAAUUGCAAUAGUAAGGUGGGAAACACAACCUGAUGCACCUGUUGAUAUGGGAUAUGGAUCAUCAGCCGUAGUUGGAGACAAGGUAUACAUCACGUCGUGUGAAAGUGAAACUAGAUCUAUUUAUGAGUUCAGCAACAAUCAGUGGCACAAGUUACAACGUUGUCGAAAUAGUAAAUUCACUAUUGUCAGUGUUGACAAUAUACUCACAACCGUAGGGGGAAAGUCAGGUACACAAAGCUAUAGUAACAAACUCUACAGCUAUGUUACCAACAAAUGGGUGAAACAUUUCCCUCCCAUGCCAACCAGACGAAGGGGACCUGGAGCUGUGUACGCUAACAACACACUUGUAGUGGCUGGGGGGUUUUAUGACACGAAUUGGUUAACUGUUGUCGAGAUAAUGAACACUGCGAAUAGGCAAUGGUCUACUGUUAGUUCUCUUCCUGUGCCAAUCGAGCACCCAUCAUCAACGAUCUGUGGAGACUAUGUGUACAUACAACCACGAACUAGUGAUGAUAAAGAGAAGUAUUCAGUGUACAAAUGCUCAUUAAGACAACUAACUCAGUCCCAGCCAAGCUCAGCUAUAUGGGAGAAGAUUUCCCCUUUGCCAGUUAGCAACUCCUCUCUUGUUGCUAUCAAUGGCCACCUCCUGGCAGUGGGUGGAGUUGACUCCAAUCAAGAUAGAUCUAAGGACAUAUACAAAUACAAAACGAUACUAUGGACUGUCUACCAAUACAAAACGAUACUAUGGACUGUCAUUAGUCAAAUGUCAACACCUCGAUAUGCAUGCCUCACUGCUGUCCUCCCUGGGAACAAACUAAUGGUGGCGGGAGGAUAUGAUACACAGAGAAAAUGUGAAAUAGCUACUUUUGUAUAG